ACCCCAGGGGCGGGGCUGUAGAGGCGCCUGAAAGGGAAGUUGUUCAGUCAACUCGGAAUAGGGGUAGCAACCCGGAAAGUGGAAUCACCGUCUUGGUCUAGAGACCGACGCCUGUACAGGCAGACCCCUUCCCCUCUCUACCAAAGACCGCAGCCCCGGAAGUCACUCCAUCUCCUGCAGCUCGCAGUUUCCAGCGGCCCCCUCGUACCUUCCAGCCCGAUGUCUCACGUCAAGUUAUGGUGGAACCGUGCUUCGGCCUCCUUGGUGUUAGACGAGGAAUUGGAGAACCCCAGGCUCGUCGGCUCGGGCGGGUUCGGCACCGUGUUCCGGGCGCAUCACAGGAAGUGGGGCUGUGAUGUGGCGGUCAAGAUCGUGAACUCGAAAGCGAUAUCCAGGGAGGUCAAGGCCAUGGCAAGUCUGGAUAACGAAUUCGUGCUGCGCCUGAAAGGGGUCAUCGAGAAGGUGGGGUGGGACGAAGACUUCAGGCCGGCUCUGGUGACUGAAUUCAUGGAGAACGGCUCCCUGUCGGGGCUGCUGGAUCCCCAGUGCCCUCGGCCCUGGCCACUCCUUUGCCGCCUGCUGAAAGAAGUGGUGCUCGGGAUGUGUUACCUGCAUGAGCAGGACCCGGUGCUCCUGCACCGGGACCUCAAGCCAUCCAACAUCCUGCUGGACCCAGAGCUGCACGUCAAGCUGGCAGAUUUUGGCCUGUCCACAUUUCAGGGAAGCUCACAGUCAGGGUCAGGGUCCAGGGAGCCAGUGGGCACCCUGGGCUACUUGGCCCCAGAACUGUGUGUUAAUGUAAACCGGAAGGCUUCCCGAGCCAGUGAUGUCUACAGCUUUGGGAUCCUAAUGUGGGCAGUGCUUGCUGGAAGAGAAGCUGAGUUGCCGACCGUAGCAUCGCUGGUGUAUGGAGCAGUGCACCAGAGGGAGGCCCGGCCCUCACUGAACGAGCUGCCCCAAGCUGGGCCUGAGACUCCCGGCUUGGAAGGACUGAAGGAGUUAAUGCAGCUCUGCUGGAGCAGUGAGCCCAAGGACAGACCCUCCUUCCAGGAAUGCCUACCAAGAACUGAUGAAGCCUUCCAGCUGGUGAAGAACAAUGUGAAUGAUGCUGUCUCCACAGUAAAGAAUUUCCUGUCUGAGCUCAGGAGCAGCAAUAGGUCAGGCCAAGGAAAGACAGAAAUGGAUGGCUUUGGGAGAACCACAGAAAGGCAGCACUGUUAUGAUGAUUUCAUGGAUUCUGACCUGCUAAACAAACUGAAUCUAGAGGAGUCUUCCAGCUGUGUUCCUGAAAAAUACCUGAGCCUUACCAAGAAGAGCAGGGCACAAGAGGAGCAGGUUCCACAAGCCAGGACAGCAGGGACAUCUUCAGAUUCAAUGGCUCAACCUCCCCAGACUCCAGAGACCUCAACUUUCAGAAACCAGACGCCCAGCCCCACCUCAACUGGAACACCAGAUCCUGGACCCCAAAGGAAUCAGGGGGCUGAGAGACAUGGCACGAACUGGUCCUCCAGGAACCCGGAGCCAAAUCCAGGAACAGGGACACCAUCUGUUACCUUACACGACUGCUCUGGGGUGCAAAUUGGAAACCACAACUACUUGACUAUGUCACAGACAACUGCCUUGCCCACCCAGGGUCUGGCACCUUUGGGCAUGGGCAGAGGCUGGCAGCACUCCCCACCAGUAGGUUUGCAAGAAGGCCCUAAAGAACAUGAAGCCUGGAGUGAGCCACAGAGUGGGUAUAAUCAUAGUGGGAAAUAAAGCACCUUCUGAGCCUGCCUCCAAGAGUUAAGAGUUAAGGAAGAGCGCCACCCGGUGAGGCCCCUGACUUCCUUUUAGGGCAGUCUGGCCGGCCCACAAACUGACUUUGUGAUCUGUCCCCCAGGAGUCAAUAAACAUGAUGG